CUCCUGGUGCUGCUGGUGCUGAUGGUGUGUCUCCUCCUGCACAGUACACUGCUCAGAGCCUCCACUCGGCCCAAACUCUCAGACCACUGGAAGAGCGGCGGACGCGUGGCACGAGUUCCUGCGGUAAGAGCGCCCGAGGCCGACAAUGUCGUCCCCGUCAUCAUCUGCGCAUCUGAGGAGCGUGUGGGCGCAACCAUGGCAGCCAUCAACAGCGUCCGUAGCAACACAGAUGCCAGCGUGUUCUUCUAUAUUGUUACUCUUCGCGAUGCGGUUAAACUGACGAGGCAGUACAUAGAGAAGAGUAAACUGAAAGGCAUCAAGUAUAAGAUACUGGAAUUUAACCCCAUGGUUCUACGCGGGAAGGUGAAGCCAGAUUCCUCCCGACCGGACCUGUUACAUCCCCUCAACUUCGUGCGCUUUUACUUACCUCUGCUUGACAUCAGCCACGAGAGGGUGAUAUACUUAGAUGAUGAUGUCAUCGUGCAGGGAGACAUCAAGGAUCUGUUUAACAUCAAACUGAAGCCAGGCCAUGCUGCUGCUUUCGCCACUGACUGUGACCUGCCCUCCACACAUGAGAUGGUGCGCAGCAUCGGCAUGCAGACAACCUACAUGGGCUUCCUGGACUAUAGGAAACAGGAAGUUAAAGAUCUGGGCAUCCACCCCAGAGACUGCUCUUUCAACCCCGGAGUGUUUGUGGCAGAAAUCCGCGAAUGGAAGAAGCAGAAGAUCACCAAACAGCUGGAGAAAUGGAUGGAGGAGAAUUUCAGGCAGAACAUAUACAGCAGUGCCAUGGCGGGAGGUGUGGCGACCCCACCCAUGCUAAUAGUGUUUCAUGACAAAUACUCAAAACUGGACCCGCUGUGGCAUGUCAGACACCUGGGCUGGAGUCCAGAUGCCCGUUAUUCAGAGAGCUUCCUGCAGGAGGCGCACCUGCUGCACUGGAACGGCCCAUUCAAACCCUGGAAUUACCCUGCUGUUCACUUGGAUCUGUGGGAGAGGUGGUUCAUCCCAGACCCCUCCAAAAGGUUCUCCUUGGUACGACCUGAGAGCAGCUGAGUGCGAUGGAAUGUACCAUAUCUGAGCCACAGGGGGACAGUGAAGUGUGUGAAGUUUAGGACUUACUUGAACAAUGGUGGAAGAUGUGAAAGGAAACGUUCAGUGAAUUUAGUACUGAGGAACAUUAUUGAAAAUAAAAUGUCAAACAUUAUAUGAGAAACAGUAUUGAAGUGUGUUUUUAUGUAUGCUAAAUACACAAAAUGUGACUCAUCUGUUGUGUUCGGGAAGUGACAGAUACCUGUAUUACAAUGUUACCUGUAGGAACGUGUUCAAAGUGAAACUCAGAAACUCAGAAUAGUGUCCAGCGAUUUUUGU